AGGUGUGCAGGUGUGCAGGAAGACAGAGCCACUUAGCAUGUCCCCGCCAAACCAGUCGGCACAAAGCCUAUCCCAGGAGGCUGCCAACAGAUCCCUGAACACCACUGGAACCCCAGAGGCCUGGGACCCAGGCACCCUCCUGGCACUGAAGAUCUCCCUGGCUGUGAUCCUGUCCAUUAUCACGGUGGCCACGGUCGUCUCCAAUGCCUUUGUGCUCACCACCAUCCUACUCACCAGGAAGCUCCACACACCUGCCAACUAUCUCAUUGGCUCCUUGGCCACCACCGACCUCCUGGUUUCCAUCUUGGUCAUGCCCAUCAGCAUUGCCUAUACUGUCACCCGCACCUGGAACUUUGGCCAAGUCCUGUGUGACAUCUGGGUGUCUUCAGACAUCACGUGCUGCACGGCCUCCAUCCUGCAUCUCUGCGUCAUCGCCCUGGACAGAUACUGGGCCAUCACGGAUGCCCUGGAGUAUAGCAAGCGCCGGACGGCAGGCCACGCAGCCAUCAUGAUCGCCGUGGUCUGGGUCAUCUCCAUCUGCAUCUCCGUGCCACCGCUCUUUUGGCGGCAGGCCAGCGCCCACGGGGAGGUGUCCAACUGCCUGGUGAAUACCUCCCAGAUCUCCUACACCAUCUACUCCACCUGCGGGGCCUUCUACAUCCCCUCCCUGCUGCUCAUCAUCCUCUACGGUCGCAUCUAUGUGGCAGCUCGCAGCCGCAUCCUGAAUCCGCCCUCCCUGCACGGGAAGCGCUUCACCACGGCCCACCUCAUCACGGGCUCAGCCAGCUCCUCACUCUGCUCCCUCGGUCCCAGCCUCCACGAGGGACACUCGCACACAGCUGGCUCCCCGCUCUUUUUCAACCACGUGAGGAUCAGGCUUGCGGACAGCGUCCUGGAACGCAAGCGGAUUUCAGCGGCUCGCGAGAGGAGAGCCACCAAGACCCUGGGCAUCAUUCUAGGGGCCUUUAUCAUCUGCUGGCUGCCCUUCUUCGUGGCUUCCCUGGUCCUCCCCAUCUGCAGGGACUCUUGCUGGAUGCCCCAGGCCCUCUUUGAUUUCUUCACCUGGCUGGGCUACUUAAACUCCCUCAUCAACCCUGUCAUCUACACCAUAUUUAAUGAGGAUUUUCGACAAGCAUUUCAGAAAGUGGUCCACUUCCGGAAAGCCUUCUAGUCAUCCUCAUUGGGGUUGCCUGUCCUGUCCAUCACUGGGUUGCUCUUUUAUGUUUUCCCCCAA